AUGGUAUCGACCUCCGAACUCAGCUCGGCAUCGGCAUCGGCGUACACACCCUUUCUCGAUUCCGCCUUCUAUACCGGCGACGUAUCCGACGACUGGACGUACAAGAUCGCUAGCCAAGACCAGCUUGACCAGCUCUCGGAGGCCAGACAGAUGCACCAAGCGUUGCCGCGACCGCUGCGAGUGCUCGUGCUGUACGGCUCCAAUCGUCAGCGCUCGUUUUCCAAACUCAUGUCGUUCGAGGCUGCCAGGAUCCUCCAUCACCUUGGCUGCGAAGUACGAGUUUUCGAUCCUCACGGACUGCCGCUAAAGGAUGACGACGACACCGUGCGCCCGUUCCUGUCCCCUACGUCGGAUGGCCAAACGGUCGGGACGGAUGCCCAUCCCAAGGUGCAAGAAUUGCGCCAGCUCGUCACAUGGAGCGAGGCGCACUUUUGGUGCUCGCCCGAGCAGCAUGGAAACCUUACCGGCAUCAUGAAGACCAUGAUCGACCACAUCCCCCUCAGUCUCGGCAGCGUGCGUCCCACGCAGGGCAAGGUUCUGGCCGUCUCCCAGGUCAACGGCGGCUCGCAAUCCUUCAACGCCGUCAAUUCGCUACGCAUCUUGGGUCGUUGGAUGCGCAUGUUCACCAUCCCCAACCAGGCGUCUCUGCCCAAAGCAUGGACCCAGUUCACUCCAGAAGGCCGAAUGAUGGAUUCUUCCAAUCGCGAACGCCUCGUCGAUGUCGUCGAAGAGCUCGUCAAGGUCUCGUGCCUCUUCUACGGUCGCGACGACACCUUUGCGACUCGAUGGAGCGAAAGAAAGGAAAAAGCACAGGUCGGUCGACUCCUCAGCCAAGCCGAGAAAGAACAAGCAAAAGGUUCCAAUUGA